AUGCUAGAUAUCGAUAUGAAAGGUGAUGUACUAUCCACCACAUCACAGGAUUUACAUCAAAGGCAUUCUCACCUUACUUUAAACUCAUCAUUAAACGAUGAAGACAAAAAAGAUACAAAUCAGCAGCCUACUGAAGAAGUUCACCUAAGAAAAUCUUUCUCCUUGUGGUCGAUUCUCGGGGUAGGUUUUGGUCUAACAAACUCCUGGUUUGGUAUCUCUGCAUCCAUGAUCACAGGUAUCCCAUCCGGUGGUCCAAUGAUGAUUGUCUACGGUAUUAUGAUCAUCGCAGCUAUCUCUAUAUGUGUGGGUGUCUCUCUAGGUGAACUAUCUUCUGCUUAUCCACAUGCAGGUGGUCAAUUUUAUUGGACUUUGAAAUUAGCUCCAAAGAAACAUAAGAGAUUUGCCGCAUACUUAUGUGGUUCCUUUGCAUAUGCAGGCUCAGUCUUUACAAGUGCAUCUACUACUUUAUCAGUUGCAACUGAAGUAGUCGGUAUGUAUGCUUUAACUCAUCCGGAUUUCAUUCCCCAAAGAUGGCAUAUUUUUGUAUGCUUUGAAAUCUUACAUGCUUUCCUAAUGGUAUUUAAUUGCUAUGGUAAAUCAUUACCAUUGAUCUCUUCAAGUUCCUUAUACAUAUCAUUAUUAUCAUUUUUCACAAUCACCGUGACUGUCUUAGCUUGUUCUUCAGGUAAAUAUAACGAUGCUAAAUUUGUAUUUGCCACAUUCUAUAAUGAAACUGGUUGGAAGAAUAGUGUUAUCGCAUUUAUUAUGGGUUUGAUUAACCCAGCAUGGUCCUUCUCAUGUUUGGAUUGUGCUACACAUAUGGCCUUUGAAGUUGAAAACCCAGAGAAAGUUAUCCCAACAGCUAUUAUUGGUACUGUUUGUAUUGGGUUCAUAACAUCAUUCUGUUAUGUGAUCUCGAUGUUCUUUUCAUUGCACGACUUGGAUGCUCUUUUAAACUCUCACACCGGUGCUCCAAUCCUGGAUAUCUACAACCAAGCUUUAAAUAACAAAGGUGGUGCCAUUUUCCUUGGUUGCCUGGUUCUUUUCACAUCUUUCGGUUGCGUGAUUGCAUGCCACACAUGGCAAGCGAGAUUAUGUUGGUCGUUUGCAAGAGAUAAAGGCUUGCCAUAUUCUCACUUGUGGUCUCAAGUCAAUCCAACUGUUGGUGUUCCAUUGUACGCUCAUUUAAUGUCCUGUGCUUGGAUAGCCAUCAUUGGUCUAUUAUACUUAGCUUCAUCUACUGCAUUUAACUCUUUAAUCACUGGGUGUAUUUCAUUCUUAUUACUAUCAUAUAUUAUCCCAGUUAUAUGUUUACUAAAGAAAAAACGUAACAUUCCACAUGGUCCAUUCUGGUUAGGAAAAUUCGGUUUGAUGUGUAACAUUGUGUUAAUAGGCUGGACUAUUUUUGCUAUUGUCUUCUUUUCCUUCCCUCCUGUACUACCAGUCACAAAGGACAACAUGAACUACGUUUCUGUUGUGCUUGUGGGUUAUUUCAUAUACACUGUUUUGUACUGGAAAUUCAAGGGUGUCAAGGAGUUUAAUUCUCUGGAGGAUGAUGGCGAAGUAGAGGAUAUACACGACAAUGAAUCUUACAAUUCCGAAAGUAAUAGUCCUGUCGAAUAUAUGCAUGAUGAUAGCUUUGAGAACACAUCUGAAAACAACGGCGAAAUCAUACAGAUUGACGAAUUUAUUACUUCGAAGAAGUAG